CACUUCAUUCUCUCGAUAGUUUCGGCGAACGAGAAAGCAAGCUGAGAAAAAGUAUUCUACCAAGUCCAGACUAAUGGGAUGCAAGUCCAGAGGAAGCAACUUACGUUUUGGAGACGACUUCUUCAACAAGGCCGGCGUCUUGAUGGAGACAGGACCAAGAAGACCGACCGGGAGGAAUCGUUAGAGAUUUUUAGCCUAUAUAUAGGCGUCCUAACUUCGAGUUGUUUGUGACCAAAUCGAGAGAGAGAGAGAGAGAGAGAGAGAGUGUGUGUGUGUGUAACUAAGCAUGGAUCCGAGACUAGAGGAAGCAGCUUAUGCGGGAGACCUCACUUUGUUGCGGCGUUUGCUACAAGAAGACCGGCUCCUGCUCCACAGGCAAGCCAUCGCCGCGGCUCACCUGUCGGACAGCCCCCUCCACAUCGCUGCAUCGCUCGGCCACUCCGACCUGGUCCGGGAGAUCCUCGCCGUAAACCCGGAGCUCGCGCAUGGCCGCAACAGCGAAGGCCUUUCCGCCUUGCACCUGGCCGCUGCCCAAGGCCACUUAUCCGUGGUGAACGAGCUGCUGCAGUACGCAGCCGCUGCCAAUCUCUGCUUGGCCACCGACAACGAUGGCUUAAUCCCGGCCCACACUGCAGCCUUACGAGGCAGGCUUGAUGUAUUGACUGUGUUACUGGAUGCGUGCCCGGAGUCCGCGCGAGCUGUGACAUCGCAAGGUGACUCCAUCCUUCAUCUUACUGUGAAAUCAAACAGCUUCGAGACCGUGCAGUUCUUGCUGAACAGAACGGAUGAGAACGAUGAGCUGCUCAACUCUGGAGAUGCGAAAGGCAACACCGUCCUGCACCUUGCUGUGGCCAGAAAACAGCUCCAGGUAGGUAUUCCUGAUCCCGAUUAGAGGAAAUAGAUUUAAAUGUCUUCUUCUUCUUCACAAGGUUUUUAUGCAUCCCGUACAUCUUGAGACACAGCCUUCUCAUAGCAAAAAGAUACAAGUAUUUUGCAUUUCAUUCACGAAAAGCAAAUGGAAAUAGUAAGGAGCUACAUGUUCAAAUUAAAUUCAGACACAAAUAAAACAUCAUCAUAGUACAACAUAAAUCUCAUAAUAUUUAGAUUUAAUAAUUUUAGAAAUUUAAAUCUCCUAAAAACUAACUUAGAUAAACAGAAUUCUGGUUUUUCUCCAUUACCCCCUUUAUUUGAAAUAAGUUCUCGAUGAAAAUAUCAUAUUAAAUAAUUAUUUAUGAAUAUGACAUAAUAUUAAUAAUGAUGUCUAAUAGUGCUUAUUCUUUUAACAUGUUCAAUAAAUAUCUUGGGUGAUAAUCCUUUCGUUAAUGGAUCUGUAAUCAUAAGGACAAUGCUAAUAUAUUCAAUUAAUAUUAUUUAUUUCUAAACUUUCUUUUUUCACCGCUAAAUAUUCCAUUUUCAUAUAUUUAUCACCUUUAUAGCACUCACUUUUAAAGAAGAAUACUAUUACAAAAUUAUCAUAAUAAAGUUUUAAAUUUUUUUAAAGAGUAAAUCAUGAAAACGAGAUUUGAGCUUUUGAAUUGUAGCCUUAAAACAUGUCACAAACUAAACUUCUAUGAUGAAUGUAGCAAUGAUGGACUGCUUUUAUUUUGCCCUCAUCCACAAAAUUGCUCCUCAACUAAAAGGAACAAAUAGUCAAGUGUUAUUUUUUUUAUAUCAACACAUCUAGCAAAAUCUGAAUCUAAACAUCCAAUUACUUCGAGAUUAUUUGAUCUCCUAUGAGCGAGUAUAUAAUCCUUCAUUCCUCAUAAAUAUCUUAUAACUUUCUUUAUAGCUUUUUAAUAGUCAAAUCUAGAAUUACUUUGAUAUCUGCCCAAUAUUCCAAUAGCAAAACUGAUGUAUGACCUAAUACAAAUUUAGGCAUGCAUUUAACUUUCCAGGAUAGAUACAUAAGGAAUUCUUUUCAUUUGUUCCAAUUCAUUCUUUGAACAUUGCAUAAGAUAAAUUUACCCCCUUUCCGAAUUGGAAUAAUACCUCCUAAAUAAUUUUUUUUACUUUUUAAAAAUUUUAUUAAUAUAUUUUUUAUGAGAUAAUCCUAACAAUCCUUAUGAUUGAUCUUAAAAUAUUUUAAUUCCUAUCACAUACAUGGGUUGCCUCUCUCAUAUUUUUUUAAUUCAAAGUUUUUAGAAAGAUAUGUUUUAUUUCAUAUAAUAAACUAAGAUUAUUAGUAGCAAGCAAAAUAUCAUCAACAUUUACAAUCCAAAAUAUAAACUUGCUCUUGCCAACCUUCAUAUAUGUACAUAGAUCAACAGUAUUUGCAUAAAUGUAAAGGAUUUUAUGUAUCAUUAAACUUAAGAUAUCAUUAUCGAGAAGUUUGUAUAAAUUUAUAUAUUGAUUUCUUAAGUUUAUAUAUCAUGUGUUUUUCAUAUCUAUUUUGUAUAACUCUAAGUUAUAAUGAGCUACUAUGAUCGUAAAAAUUCUGAAAAAAUCUUUUCUGAAGAUUAAAUAAAAAAAUCUUUUAACUCUUUGAGUGAAACCUUUAGCACCAAAUCUGACCAUGUGUCUUUUGAUAUUAUCAUUCAAGUAAUAUUUGAUCUUAAAGACCUAUUAAUAAUCGACCUUUUUUA